CGUUGAAAGACGCCGUUCUCUUUUGCUUGCAGCAUUGCACUUGGGGCUGUUGACCCUUUGAUGCCUAUGGCCUAAAGGAGAUAAGUAUUUGGGUUUGAAUCUUAAUGCAAGUCAAACUCAGGAGGCUUCUCUAUAUACGAGGAGGAUUGCAACGACAGAAGGCAAAGAAGGGUGGAACUUUCAUCAAGAAGGAGGGAAGGAGAGGCGACCUUGGUUUGUCUUCAAUGGAGGUGAUACUGAAGCGAAAUGUUGUUGUCAAAGAGGAGAGGAAGGUUGGUUGUGUUGGUGAUGAAGAGAAUGGAAAGAUUGGAAAGUUUGGAGGUGAAACAUCAACCUGUGGCAGGCAUUCUUCAAGAUCAUCUUCACCAAGCCAAAGAGAUUCCAUCGAUAACAGAGAGGUUCCCACUGUAAUUGGAAGUGAAAGAUCAUUCAUGGAUGCAAGUUCAAGACCCUCUUCUUCCAAACCCAAGAACUCAGUUACAAUCAGUCAGGAGAAGCAGCUUGAAUCCACCAAAGCAGAAAGGUGCGAGGUAAGAAAGGAGAAUGAAAGACUGAAAGCAUUCUUGGCGCAAACAAUGAAGGAUUCCCAAUCCCCCCAAAUGCACUUCUUUGACAUUGUCCAAACAUAUCAUGUUAAGAAACCAGAUGAGACUUUUAGCACCCCUGACGAUGCUGAAGAACCUGAACUCGUCUCACUCAGCCUUGGAACAAUCUCAAGUAGAAACAGAAAAGAAGAGGAGGCAAACAUAUAUAGUAAAGGCAAAGAAAAUGAAAUGAUAAACGAAGGCCUCGCCCUUGGAUUACACUGCAAACUUGAUGGUUCUAGCAGCGGCCCAGGCGAGGCUCUGCUGAAUUCGAUCCCAGACGACAGAUUUGAGGAGCCAAAGGAAGCAGAUGCUGGGGAACCAUGGCUGCCGAGUAAGACAGUAACGAGUUCAGCGAAUGCUGAAGAUGAAGUGUUUCCACAACCCCCUCUCAAGAGAUCUAGAGUUUCUGUGCGAGCAAGAUGUGAUACCCCCACGAUGAAUGAUGGAUGUCAAUGGAGAAAAUAUGGGCAGAAGAUUGCGAAAGGAAAUCCAUGCCCACGAGCUUACUACCGUUGCACCGUUGCACCGGCAUGCCCCGUAAGGAAGCAGGUGCAGAGAUGUGCUGAAGACAUGUCCAUAUUGAUCACCACCUACGAAGGAAACCACAACCAUCCCCUUCCGAUGUCAGCUACUGCCAUGGCAUCCACUACCUCCGCCGCUGCAUCCAUGCUGAUUUCUGGUUCAUCCACUUCUUGCCCAGCCUUCGGAUCCGUAGCCUCCUCAAGUGCCAACCUUCAUGGCUUCAGCCUCGCGGCUAACUCGAGGUUGAAACAGUUCUACCCACCAAACCCAUCGAUGUAUUCUUCCUCCUCCCACCCCACCAUCACAUUAGACCUCACUGCACCCUCAUCUACUCCCCAAUACAAGUCCUCUUCAAACUUCACCUACUCAAAGUACCCCUCGACAAGUCUCAACUUCUCUUCCUCAGAGUUCAACACCAUGCCAGCAUCUUGGGGUAAUGGGAACUUAAGCUAUGGAGCUCAGUUGUAUGACAAGAACUGCAUGGGAUCUCUAAACCUUGGAAGGCAAACUGAAGACUCUUUCAUUAAUCCAUCCUACAUGCACAAGGGAACCAGCCAAAGUCCUGGCCAACAUUUUCUGACAGAGACGGUUGCCAAAGCGAUCACAUCGGACCCGAGCUUUCAAUCGGCAUUGGCAGCUGCGGUCACGUCGUACCUUGGAGCACAGGGUGGCCAAGGUGCAGGAGAGGGUGGUUCGGGCCAAGUAGGACUGAAAUGGGGCGAGCAAGCGGCCAUGGCGCCCGCCUAUACAUCGGCAUUCGCCUCACCGACUUACUCAAGCCAUCAACAAGGAAGCGUGACGUUUCUCCAACCACCAUCAGCUCUUCUAAGCUCCAAGAGUGCCUCCGCAUCGCCAGUGGAUAAUAGGGAACAAAUCAGCUGAAGCGACUUUUCUUUUUUGCAUUUUGGUUUAUGAUUUUCAUCUUUUUUUUAAGGGAAGUCUGAAACUUUUGUAAGGAUAAUUGGUUGUUGCAUUAAUAUAUAUCAGUUUUUAAA